AUGUUUCGACUGCCGAUUUUCACUCUCGUUUGUCUUUCACCGUUCCUCACUGAUUCACGGACUGUCUUUCCUGCACCACAACCACUUCCAAGGAUGCUCUUUGCAUCGAUCAACAAGUACAGAUGUUCAACGCUGUUGACGAAUGGCGCCGCUCUUCGUUUACUUCUGAAGAUUAGCGAGACUCAGAGGGUGAAACUUGAUAGCAUCGAGCAAAUCCUUCUACUGGGUGACCGCGUUUCGAAAGAGGCUCUUCAAAGCAUACAGAAGCAAGCUGACAAUGUGAAAAUCAUCGCGGUGGGCUACAUGCUAACCGAAACAGGAUCCAUUCCAAUUAUGGGCGAUGCGACCACAGAUUUCACACGAAUGGUGGGCAGAGCGAUAGCAGGCUAUGAGACACACUUAAAACCUCUGAAUGGAGACGGUGAAGUUGAAGCCAGGGCAACUGGGAUUGCUUCUGAUUCGAGUAUAUUACGGGAGCACAUUCAUGGGAUAUGCUCCAGACACGAGUGGAAAAGAAAAAUGGGUUGA